AUGGAACACCCUGCCCUCACAUUAUCCGGAUUGUGUGCCCUCGGCGGCACCAUUGGCUACUUCCGUAAAGGUUCCGUGCCAUCUUUGGUGGCCGGUGUCACUUUCGGCGUUUUGUACGGCUAUGCCGGCUACUUGUUGAAGCAAAAUGCUGAUUGGGGUUUGGAGUUGGCCCUAGGCUGUUCGUCCACCUUAUUAGUGGCGGGAAUUAGCCGGGCCAUUCCUACAAAGUUCCGGAAACCUGUUCCUUUGGUGCUUGUGGCCUUGGGAGGUUUGUCUUCUGCUUACUACAGCAAGAAGUACAGCGAAUUCUACUUGUAA